AGCUCUGUGGGAAUCUGUUGUGUGCAGCAGCAGAGAGAGAACAGCAGACAGGAGAGAAGAUACUGGAGAUGUUAUCAUCAGUGUGCAGAUACAAAACAUUCCUUUUAGUGACAGAGACAUGGAUGAAGAUGAUGAUGAUUAUCUUCAGUAUCAGUGUGAUUUCCUGCGGCAUAUUUUCUCCCAUGUGAAGGACUAUGAGUCUAAAACAGGCCUGAGUGUCCUUCCAGCAUUACAGUCAGUUUUCCAGUCAGCUCCUCCAGUCUGGAUCAUAGACCUCUCAGAGAGAAAGAGCUCCAUCCUCCUGGAAGUGCUAAAACUCCAAUCAGAGAAGAAACAAGUGAAGCUGACAGGCUGGUCACAUGAAGAGAGUGAAGUGAGGAGUUUCCUGCAGUGUCUGCCUCAUAUCUCACGGCUCAGUUUCCCUCUCAGGUUUACAGUCUCAGAUGAAGCCGAGCUCUGUGGGAAUCUGUUGUGUGCAGCAGCAGAGAGAGAACAGCAGACAGGAGAGAAGAUACUGGAGAUGUUAUCAUCAGUGUGCAGAUACAACACAUUCCCUCUUAGUGACAGACACAUGGGGAAUUAUGAUACAGAAUAUCAGUUGUAUUUCCUGCAGCAUCUUUUCUCCCACAUGAAGGACUAUGAGUCUAAAACAGGCCUGAGUGUCCUUCCAGCAUUACAGUCAGUUUUCCAGUCAGCUCCUCCAGUCUGGAUCAUAGACCUCUCAGAGAGAAAGACCUCCAUCCUCCUGGAAGUGCUGAAACUCCAAUCAGAGAAGAAACAAGUGGAGCUGAGAGGCUGGUCACAUGAAGAGAGUGAAGUGAGGAGUUUCCUGCAGUGUCUGCCUCAUAUCUCACAGCUCAGUUUCCCUCUCAGGUCUAGAGUCUCAGAUGGAGCCGAGCUCUGUGGGAAUCUGUUGUGUGCAGCAGCAGAGAGAGAACAGCAGACAGGAGAGAAGAUACUGGAGAUGUUAUCAUCAGUGUGCAGAUACAAGACAUUCCCUCUUAGUGACAGACAUGCGGGGAAUUAUAAUACAGCAUAUCAGUGUGAUUUCCUGCUGGAUCUUUUCUCCCAUGUGAAGGACUGUGAGUCUAAAACAGGGCUGAGUGUCCUUCCAGCAUUACAGCCAGUUUUCCAGUCAGUUCCAGUCUGGAUCAUAGACCUCUCAAAGAGAAAGACCUCCAUCCUCCUGGAAGUGCUGAAACUCCAAUCAGAGAAGAAACAAGUGGAGCUGACAGGCUGGUCACAUGAAGAGAGUGAAGUGAGGAGUUUCCUGCAGUGUGUGCCUCAUAUCUCACAGCUCAGUUUCCCUCUCAGGUUUACAGUCUCAGAUAAAGCCAAGCUCCGUGGGAAUCUGUUGUGUGCAGCAGCAGAGAGAGAACAGCAGACAGGAGAGAAGAUACUGGAGAUGUUAUCAUCAGUGUGCAGAUACAACACAUUCCCUUUCAGUGACAGACACGUGGAUUAUUGUGAUGAUAAUUUUUAUCUUCAGUAUCAGUUGUAUUUCCUGCGGCAUCUUUUCUCCCAUGUGAAGGACUAUGAGUCUAAAACAGGUCUGAGUGUUCUUCCAGCAUUACAGUCAGUUUUCCAGUCAGCUGCUCGGGUCUGGAUCAUAGACCUCUCAAAGAGAAAGACCUCCAUCCUCCUGGAAGUGCUGAAACUCCAAUCAGAGAAGAAACAAGUGGAGCUGAGAGGCUGGUCACAUGAAGAGAGUGAAGUGAGGAGUUUCCUGCAGUGUCUGCCUCAUAUCUCACAGCUCAGCUGUGGUCCACAGUUCUUCCAGAGUGUGUGUACAUCCAUCUCUGUAAAAUCCAGAAAGGAGGUGAAGCAGCUGGCCUCUCUGCUGAAGCUGCUGGGCUUCACCCUGCACCUAACAGGGGAGUUAGGAAGGAAAACCUGCUGGACUGUGGGGAAAGUUCUUGGACUUUGUGCCUCUAACGUGGAUCUCAUCCUCACGCCCACAAAGGUGUCUGUCACAGGAGCCUCCCUCCUCUUUAGAUCCACCACACAACUACACAGUCUGAGGCUGUCCAACCACACGGCCUUGCUGCUGUUUGGAUGUGUAAGAAAGGGGAGAAUGGUCCGUCCGUUGGUUCUUGAAGAUCUCUGUCUUGCCCCUGAGACAGUCCAGCCACCAGAGAGAGAGCUGCUGAAGGUUGUCGGACGUCUGGCGUCCCUGCUGAGACACUGGGCAGUCCGCCGGUUAGACCUGACUGAGUUCUGCGUCCCUGCUCGGUGUGUCGUUACACUGCUGCUUCACAACGGUCCCUUAAGAAUCAAACUGAGCGAAGAGACUUUCCAGCAGCUACCGGCCCUCCUCCAUGAGAUCCAGGACCAGGACUUGACGUUGUCCAGCUUGACUAAGGUUGGUGGAGACCUGACCUCCUGCUGUCUGGACUGGGAGCUUCUUCACUAUCUGCUGCAGCAGGUGUCAGCUCAGACCAUCACUGUGAACCUGAGGAAGCACCACUUCUUACAGGAGAACAUCACACGUCUGCUUCCCUUCCUGGACAGGAUUUUAUUUAAACGGUCCAGUCCCGGCUUUGUGCUGACUGCCAUCAGAGAGACGUAUAGAGCUCACGCCAGUCACAUUGUACCCAGUCUACUGAGAUCAUUUGAUCAUGUGAUCAACCUGACCUGCAGAGAGCUGGACUCAGUGGACUGUGCUGCUGUGCUCUUCACCCUCACACACGGUGACAGAGUUACCCUGAAGCUGUUGUGGACCUCCAUACCAGCAGGAGAAAUACAGUCCAUCCUCUUUACUCUGGACAAAGUUUCUCAACUCAGUGUUGACAGGAAUCUGCUGCUGAGGUUGAUCCACUGCUGUGCUGCCUGUGGCGUCCAGCAGGAGGCAGCAUCAGGCCUGUUCAGGGUCACACAGCACAGGUUGGAUCUGUCCUGCUCUUCCUGUGUGGACCUGCGAGAGGAGGGUCAGACUGAGACUCUGUGCCUGACCGCUGGUGACUGCAGGGCCGUCUCCACCAUCCUGAGACACAGCAGCCAGGACACACAGCUGGACCUGCGAGACUGUGAGGUGGAGGACAGAGGACUGGAGCUGCUGUUUCCUGUCCUACACAGAGUCCGCCUCAGAGCCAGUAAAGCCGUCCUCCUCCAGCUGCUGUCCCUGGUUUCUGUGAACACUGAGAGGGACACAGUGAGACGGGCGGUGUCCCUGUGUAGAGCCCUGGGUGGAGGCCUGGACCUCAGUCACACCACACUGGAUGAGCGGGCCUGCGGAGCUCUGGCUCUGACGCUGGACUUGUCUGAAGGACUGACGGAGCUGGACCUCAGUCACUGUCAGCUCACUGACCAGCUGCUGCUCACACUCAUCACACAUCUGCACAAAGUCCAAGCCCUCGAUUUGAGUCACAACAACAUCACGGAUGUUUCAACGGACAAGUUGCUCCAGCUGCUCUCCAUCAACCCCUCCAUGGACACUGUGCGACUCUUUGGCAACAACAUCGUGGCCAGAACAGCCUUUAAGAAAGACAAGCGGUUUGAAAUAUGGUGAACCUGUCGUCAGGGGGGGUGUAAUGGGAUCAUCAGGGAAUAAUUGUUCUAUGGUCUCAUAAUUAACUGUUUUCUAAUCAUUAGAUGAAAAUAUUACUGUAGUAUAAGAACUACGGUAGCCCUGAAGGCAAGUGAUGUUUUUUGUCAGGAUGAUUUUCUACGUUUUUUUUUCAUCUGUAUAAACAACCCUGAGAGGUGAAGUGAAAUAUUUUUCUACCACUUUUGGGAAAAAGUAUAAAUAGCACUGUGGCCUCACAGAAACAAGGUUCUGGGUCGGAACCUGCUGGGACCUUUCUGUGUGGAGUUUGUCUGUGUGGUUUCUAUCUGAGUGCUCCAGCUUCCUCACACAGUCCUAAGACUUGCAGGUCAGGUUCAUAAGUGACUCUAAAUUGCCUGUAGGUGUGAAUGUGAGUGUGAGUAGUUGUCUCUGUGUGUCAGCCCUGUGAUUGACUGGCGACCUGUCCAGGUGUAAUGUCAGCUGGGAUUGGCUCUUUCAAGAGACAAUGAAGGUAAAUAACGUAGUCUCUUUGGGCACUUUUAAAGAUUUGUUAUUUGAGUCUGUUGUUGAGGGCUUCAAAUGUUUUGUAUAAUUUUUAACAAAUUUUAAGUUUUUUAUUAUUAUUUUUUGCUAUUAAUUGAUAAGAUACUGUUGAGAUUGGGUGUUUUUGUAUUGACUGUUUUACAUUGUUUUAUGAACGACCCAAUGUUUGACUGUUUUAUGUUAUUUUUAUGAAACAAAUUUCUUUGCAUGUAAACAUUGAGUUAUGAGACCUCGGUCUCCAUUGACCCCCAUGUCUAAAUAAAGGUUAAUAACAAUAAUA